UUCCCUUGAAAUUCCUACGCACUUCUAAACCUGGUUACCUGUCAAUGUGGGCACCUGUGGUUUAAGUAAACCUAUCAGUGCGAGCACACAGGAGGUUUGAGGAUUCCAUGCACUGUGCACUUUUGUCAGGUGUGAGCUAAGGCAGACUGCAACCCUAGGGUCAUUAGAAGAUGCAACAAGGUCGUCUAAGACUGCGACCCUGGCUUGAGAAGCAGAUACAGUCAGGGAAAUACCCAGGUGUCACCUGGCUUGAUGAGACAGCUCAAGUUUUCCAGAUUCCUUGGAAGCAUGCGGCUCGACAUGGUUGGAAUAUAGACAAGGACGCCACUUUGUUCCGAAACUGGGCAAUGCACACAGGCAGAUACAAACCUGGGAAAGACAAACCUGAUCCUAAGACCUGGAAAGCCAACUUCCGAUGUGCCCUGAACACUCUACCCGAUGUGAAAGAGCUACAGGGCAAGAGCAUCAAGAAGGGCAGUAAUGCCUCCAGGGUUUACAUGAUGCUGCCUGUUGUUAAACGUUUCGAACGAAGAAAAGGACCACAGAAGUCAGACGUUGAUAUAAAACAUAGUCCGAUCUCCCUCUCAGAAAAUGAGGCACGUUCUUGUGCUCCACUGGAUGGGUUUGCAGAGGUUUUCCUGAAGUAUAGAGGUGGACAGACCAGUCACAACCCUGCUAUGUUUCAUGUCGAGGACAACUACCCUCCCAACAACAACGAGGAAAGAUCACCAGAACAACCCUACUCUCAGCAGUCUUCCUUCACACCUGAAGCACAUAAAAACUCUGAUGCUAAUGAGCAAGCAGACGCGGUAUUCAAGAUAGUUGAUCACCUAAAACAUUUGGAGCACUGGAGCCAGUCUAAUGACAACAGAAGCUGGAGGGCAGCAGACGCCAGCUGGGUGGACAGUUACUGUAAGUAAGGUGAGGAUAUGGAUUACUUGGGGUAUCCCAUGGAGACGGACUGCUACACUUACAGUGCACAGCAAAUACCAUUUUUAUAAGACGAGUGGGAGCAACAUGCAUCGAACAGAAUGCCAAGCUAAAAUCCCCGAAAAAGGAGGAUAUACCACAUUCCAAGCCAUGCUGGCACAAGCUCUCUAAAAUUCUGUAUUCUGAUGGACUGCAAGAUGGCGACCAAGGGUCUGAGCACACAUACAGUACAUUAAAAACUAUUAAGUGCUACACCAUCACA